AUGGGUCUCAUACAGAUUUCUGUUUUAUGCUUAUCAGCUAUCUCAUUGGCUCAUGCAACCUUUUAUGGAUCAAUGACUGGCUAUGCAUGUAAUCAACCACAGAUUUAUCAGCAAUGCCAAUGUCCUAACAUAUGCGGAGCUUAUCAGCAGCAAUAUCCACAAUACUCAUCCUAUGGUCAAUAUCCUGGUUAUUAUAAUUCGGAUUAUGCUAACUAUAUGAACUUCGUUCGUAAACACAAACCCAGACAUCAUCAUCAUCAUCAUAAGCACAAAUCCCACCAUCAUCAUCAUGCCCCUGCCGAAUCGGCAAUUGUUGAGAAACCAGAUUCACAAGAAACACUUGACUUAGAAGAAAUCAGUUCAGAUGAGAUCAUACAGAAGACUACCCAAAGGCCAACUACUACCAGCCGUCCACGUACAACUACAGCUGCUACAUGGGAUGAUGAAGACAAAUGGCAAAGUAAAUUUGUUAGCAAAAACCAUCAUCAAAUCGAUUCUUCCGAAGAAUUUCCUACUAUUGAUAGUGAUGAAAUUACUCUUCGUACACGUCCUCUCGAGAACAGUCAAAGAGCUCAUUCCUUUGUCUCUCAGGAAGAACCAGUGGCCAGUCGACCAGUAUCUGCUCCUUCUCCUGCUUUCGGAAAUUCCAAUCCAGGUGGAAUUGGUAUUGGUUCAAGCAUAGGUGCCGGUCCCGUAGGAGUCAGCUCCGGUCUUGGAAUAGGAGCGCCUGGUAUCGGAGGACUAGGAUCGCCUGGUAUGGGAGGACUUGGAGGAGGUGGAGGCGGAAUAUUCGGUAUAAGUUCCGGACUUGGCAUUGGAAUUCCAGGUGUCGGACCUAUCGGAGUGUCCAGCGGUUUGGGAAUCGGAAAAUGA